CCAAUACCUCUCCCUCUCUCAACUCUCUCUCUCUCUCUCUCUCUCUCUAAGCUCUGCAAAACACAGAAAAAAACUCCACCCACAUUCCCGGAGCUCCUCCAUUUUUCCCGGCCAGUCCCUACUAUUUCCAAUUCUGCCCCUCACCUUUCCUCUAAAUCCCCUCCAUAUCCCUACCCCCUCAUACCUUAAUUUCUGCAAAAGAAAGAAACAAAAAAUUCCCAUAAACUUUCCAAGUUGUGCUUCUUUUAAAUUUCUUUGUUUUUUAAUAUAAACCUUUUUUUUUUGUUUUUUGGUUUCAAAAUAGUUGUGUUGCGUCUGGUCGUGUUAAGUGAAACAAGUUGUAUAAAGAACACAGACUGUUCUGAUAAUGAAAGUUGAUAAAAACUGUUACAUGUCUAAAGGGAAUUUUACGUACUUGACUGUUUUGUAAAUUUGAAUUAGACCCCGUAAAAAUUUUGGAUUUUUGGUCUGUUUUGUGAAAGUUCAAAUUAUUUUUGGUAACUUUUUUGGGAACUUAGUCUGACCCAUAUAGAUUUACGGCGUGAAAUUGUGGAUUUUGGUCUUGUGUUUUUUUUUUGCUUUUUUUGUCUGAAACUUUGUCAGACCCAUAAUAGUUCUUAGCAGAAAGUUGUUGAAUUUUUGGUCCAUUUGGGUUGAAUUGGAUCAGACCCAGAAAAGCUUUUGAAGUUUGAAGGUCAAAAGAGAGUUGGCUGAGUUUGGGGAUGGCGGAUUCGGAUAACGAUUCAGGAGGACACAACAACAGCAACAACGCGAACAGCGAGUUGUCAGCAAGAGAACAAGACAGGUUUCUUCCGAUUGCAAACGUGAGCAGAAUCAUGAAGAAGGCAUUGCCAGCAAACGCUAAGAUCUCAAAGGAUGCUAAAGAAACAGUGCAAGAAUGUGUGUCUGAGUUUAUUAGCUUCAUCACUGGGGAGGCUUCGGAUAAGUGUCAGAGAGAGAAGAGGAAGACCAUCAAUGGUGACGAUUUGUUGUGGGCUAUGACUACUUUGGGGUUUGAAGAGUAUGUGGAGCCACUCAAGAUUUAUCUGCAGAAGUAUAGGGAGAUGGAAGGGGAGAAGAGCUCUGUGGGAGGAGGUGGAGGAGGAGGGAGGCCAGGUGAGAAGGAUGGCGGCGGUGGCGGCUCCGGUGGUGGUGGCGGCGCCGCUGGUGGUGGUGGUGGAAGUGGUGGGGGUGUUAGUUCGUCAGGGAAUAGUGGUGGGUUUAAUGGGGUUGGAGGAAUGUAUGCUGGGAUGUAUGGUGGUGUUAUGGGUCAUCAUCAGGGACACGUGUACGGUUCCGGUGGCUUUCAUCAUCAUGGAAUUCAGGGUAUUGAUAGUGGAGUUGGGGUUGGGGUUGGGAAGGGUGGCUCAGUUGUUGGCGGUGGUGGUGGAGGUGGCAGUAACGGCGGUUCCAUUGUGAGGUCAAGGUAGUUGGUAGGUGUGCUUGAUUAAUUUACUCUCUUAAUUAGCAAUUCGCAUUUAAAAACUUUGUGGCAAAUGGAAAAUUUGAGAGAGGAUCUUAAUCUGAGUUGGGGUUAGACACUUGGAUUAUUAUUAUUUCUUUUUUCUUUUUUUCUUUUUCUUUUUGGUACUUGUUCAUGGGAUUAUAUGAUGCAUAGUAGUAGUAGUAGUAAAAAGAAAAUUGUAACCUCUAAUGAUAGAGAGCACUAGUACUGAUUGAGGGAGAGGAAACAUUGGGGAAUGUUUGUAUUAUAAUGAUGAUUCUCUUGUAGAGUUCUUUUCUGAUCCCUCUAGUUCUAUAUGGAAGGGUUUAGUUGUUGUUGUAUGGAAUGGAUGAAUGAUUUCGAAGUUUCUGUGUUUCUA